CUUGUAAUGAGCCAUUAAGAUAAUGGAAUUAAAGGUGUCUUAAAGCAAUAAUUAAUUGUUGAUUCAGAAAGUGGUCCCUAUAAAACAAUUUAAGAGGCUAUAGAUAAAGCUGAACCAAAUACAAUAAUAAAAAUAGCUCCAGGACUUUAUUCAUCUAAUAUAGUGAUAAAUAAAGCUGGAUUACGUCUGGAACCUAAAGAGAAGGUUGGAGACAUAAUAAUAGUUGUUUCAUCGUAACCAACAAUCUUAAUAGAUUUAAAAAAAGAUGAACGUUGCACUUUAAUAGGAUUAAAAAUGUCUCAUAGUGGAACAAGUGAAGAAGUUGAAGAAUUGGAAAAAUUAAUUGAAGGUUAAGAAAUGGCUAAACAUUUAUUUGGAAAUCAUGAAGAUGGAGGUGGUGGAUUAGAAUAGAAUCCAGAUGAAGAAUUUGUUAGUAAAGUACCAAUAGAAACAAAUAUGAAUUGCGUUGUAUUAUUAAAUGGAGGCAAAUUAUUUAUGGAAGAUUGUUUGAUUGCAUUAAAGUAAAUUUUAAAAUUCGAAUUUAAGUUUCAUUGUAAAGUCUUUUAAAGGUAUAUUACCUGGUAUAGCAGUUAAUUAAGGAGCUGAAGCAUUAUUUAUUAGAUGUGAAAUUAAAGGAACCUCAUCAAAGAAUUAGGAUGCUAAAACAAUUGGAAUUUUAGUAAAAUUAGGUGAUUUGAUUAUUAAAGAUAGUAAAGUUCACAAUCAUACAUAUGGUGGUAUAUUAAUAUAAUAAGCUCCUACUAAUAAAAAUAUUAGAGUAAUGAAUAGCAAAAUAAUAUAAAAUAAAAAAGUGGGAAUACAUGUUGUAGGUGCAGAUGCAAUUCCAUAAAUAGAAUAAUGUAGAAUUGAAAAUAAUGAAGGACCUGGAAUUAAAGUAGGUAUAGGAAAUAGAGCAAAGAUAUUUGGAAAUGAAAUUAAAACAAAUGUUAUAGGAAUUGAAGUGUUAUCUGCUGAUCCUUAAAUAUUUAAUAAUAAAAUUGAUAAGAAUUUUACUGAUGGAAUAUUAACUAAAGUAUUUGAAUAAUUAAGAUGUGAUGGAAAGAUUAAAUCAAAUUAAACUAUAUCAGGUAAUAAGGAAAAUGGAAUUCAUUGUACUGGUUAAAAUAACUAUACAAGAAUUGAAUCUAAUACAUUUAUAGGAUAUAAUAAAAAAGCAGGAAUUAAAGCAGAUACUGAAGCUCGUAUUUCAAUUCAUAAAAAUAAAAUAUCUAAAAAUCUAGGUUAAGGGGUGUUGUUAGUUGAAACAUCAUCUGCUGUUAUUGAAAAAAAUGAAAUUACUGAUAAUAUUAAAGCUAAUGUUGCUUUAGGUGGUGCCAACUCUGUAGAUACAUUUAUAGUUGAAAAUAAGAUUCUAGGAGGAAGAUGCGAAGGUAUUUUCUUGAUUGAAUGUGGAAGAUGUUGGAUAUUUAGAAAUACAAUUGCUGAAAAUGUAAUUAGUUAUUUCUUUAUUUAGAAUGAUGGAAUAGUAUGUAUUACAGCAGUACCAAUAAUAAGUGGAAAUUUAAUAUAAAAAAAUAAAAGCAAUGGGAUUAUGAUAUUAAAGGAUAGUAGACCUGAUAUUACUGAAAAUAAUAUUAAUGAUAAUGAUGGAAUUGGAUUAUUCAUACGUGAUAAAAGUCAUGGAAAAAUACUUAAUAAUGUUAUUAAAUCUAAUGAAAUUGAGCUUGUUGUUGAAAGAAGAAACCCUUCUUUAGAAUCAAUUGUCUAAGAAAAUAAAGUUACUGGAGAUAUUAGAAUUCCUUAGAAUUAUGAUUGCUCAAUAUAAUGA